AUGCGUUUCACCAUCGCUCUCACCACUCUGGCCGCCGUUGCCAUCGCUGCUCCCCUCGAGUCCCUCGUCGCCCGCCAGGACGAUGUCAACACCAUCAUCGCUGCUCUUGCGGCCGAGAACCCCGAGGAUGCCGAGGCCGCCAAGAAGGGUCUGAAGGCUCGCGAGCUGAAGCUGACCCAGGAUGAGGAGGAAGAGGAGAUUUUCAAGCGUGAGCUCAAGCUCACCCAAGACGAAGAGGAGGAGGAAAUCUUCAAGCGCGACAUCAAGUUGACUCAGGACGAGGAAGAGGAAGAGAUCUUCAAGAGAGAGCUCAAGCUCACUCAAGACGAGGAGGAAGAAGAGAUCUUCAAGCGGGACGUGAAGCUUACCCAGGACGAGGAGGAGGAAGAGAUCUUCAAGAGAGACGUCAAGCUCACCCAGGAUGAGGAGGAAGAGGAAAUCUUCAAGCGUGAUGUCAAGUUGAUACAGGACGAGGAAGAGGAGGAGAUUUUCAAGCGCGAUGUUAAGUUGACCCAGGAUGAGGAGGAGGAGGAAAUCUUCAAGCGUGAACUCAAGCUCACUCAGGACGAGGAGGAAGAGGAAAUCUUCUAA